GCAACGACGUAAGCCGAAAAAAAUUGUCAACUCGUGCCAUUUGUUUUGAUUUUCUUCCCUGCAAAUUAUUUCUCCUGAAAAUCCACAAAAUAAUUAAGAAUUUUACUUUUUCUCUGUGAAAUCUCGAAGAAAAAAUGCUGCGCCUUGUCCUGCAACAGACUGUCCGGAGGAGGGAACUUUUUCGACUGGGCGCUUCCUUCUGUGAUUCCCGACAAGGAGGAGAUCCCAAUCAAGUGCCGUGCAUUGAUGUGGACGACCCAAAGCUGGUUAUAAUCCCUGAGUACCCAUUCAAGGAGAAUGAAUCCCUUCAGACACAGAAAGCACGUCUUUUGUAUCAAUCCCGGAAGCGUGGGAUGCUGGAAAAUGAUCUGCUGCUGAGUACUUUUGCGGCAAAACACCUCGGAGGGAUGACGAAGGAACAGACAGAUAUCUAUGACAGAUUAAUUAAUGGACCAUCAAAUGAUUGGGAUAUCUACUACUGGGCCACAGAGAGAAAGCCCAUUCCGGAGGAGUAUGACACGGAGAUUAUGCGCCUCCUGCGGGAACACGUGAGGAAUGAACCACGAGAGAUACGAUCCAGGCAACCAGAUCUCGCACAGGCAAAGAGGGAUUAGUAGGAGAAAGUAUUUUUGUGAAAAAAUAAACUUUAAUUUAGGAAAAAUUAACA